AUGCAAAACUUAUCACCGCCAUUAUCCGAAACAACUCGUAUCGAAGUAAAUGUAUCGGAAUUCGCUCGUGGUGAAGUAGCCGUUAAACUUCGACGUGAUAACACUUUACUCGUACAUGCUUUGCAUCUUGAUCAAUUCGCUGCAGAUAAUUUUUUUCGUAAAGAAUUAGUUAAAACAUUUCCUAUACCGCCCGGUGCCGAUAUCGAUAAAAUUCGUUCUAUCAUACGAAAUAAUGGUAUAUUAACAAUUGAUAUACCUAUGCUAAGAGAUAAUGAUGCAACACGACGUUCACAUGAAGAAUUAUUGAAAACAAUUGAUCAGCACCCAACAAGUGCUCAUAAACAUGAUUAUGAUCGUUCAGCUUCGCACGCUGAUGUAACCCAGUACAAUAGUCAAAUGUCUCGAUUAGGACCAACAACAGUGCCAAAACGUGCUGGCAGUCUUAUGGACAUGGAUCAACGCCAAUUUUCAUCUCCCUUCAAUAUUGCCGACUUUUUGCAAUCGAAAUUUCAUCCGCUAUUUACAGCCAAUGGUAAAAAAUUAACAUUGAAAGUGGAUACUCGCGGAUAUGAACCAGACGAAUUAACAGUGCGUUUACUUGAUGAAAAUUUAUUAGUGCAAGGAAGAAAAAAGAGUUCAACAAAAAAUACUAAUGACACUAAACACUUUAGUGAAAGUGUUCGUUUACCUGAUGGAAUUAAUCGAUAUAAUGUUACCUCACAAGUUAUGGACGAUGGAAUGCUUCUUAUUGAAAUACCUUUAAUUAAUUCAACAAUGUAUCGAUAA